CGGCAAACUUCACUUGCUGCAGUGGAAAGAUACAUUAGAAAGUGUCUUUUUCAUUUAUUUUUUUGCGUUUAAGUCUUGCGCAGACAAGGCUGCGGGCCACUCCCUGACAUCAGAAGACAACCUUUUUGUCCACACCUGAGGAAAGCCGUCACUGCGACUUAAGGAUGUCGUUUAGCAGUAUCCCCGCUCUGGAGAUCUUCCUGGCCAUCCUGGGCAUCGGGCUCCUCAUCAUGUUCUGCACCACCUUCUUCAGGGCGUGCAGCCGCCUGAGAGAGGAGCAGAUCGAGAGGGAGGCGUGGAGGCGCACCGAGCACGACGGUCGCCCUCCUCCCAUAUUUUUUAUACCCUUUCAUGGGAGGCUGUCGCAGCAGCAACAACAGGGUGAAGAAGACCAGCAAGCAGUGCCGCAGUAUAACCAGGAAUCCUUCACACCGCCGCUGUACAAUGAUGCUGGAGGCUACUGUGGACCCCCGCCUUCCUAUAACGAGGUGGGUUUUAAACCCGACGAACUGCCGCCUGCAUACACAGAAUACAACAUGAACCCUCCCUUAGCGCCGGCUCACACGGCUGCAGUCCAAUCUCCAACGCAACCAUAAGACGCUGAAGCUAUGACACAGUUUUCCAAAAUGGAGGUCUGAUAUUGCACUGGAGCCACUGGAAUUUAUCUUGAAAGUGAGUUUGCGAGUGUUCUUUGAAGAGAUGAAGAUGAAGAUAAUGGACGCUGCUGAGUUGGCAUGUUGGCGUAUCAUUAGAAUGACUCUUCUUGAAUUAAUUUAAUACAGCACAUUUUUCAGAGCAAAUAAUUGUACGUAUAUCUAUUUUAAUAUAGACAUUUGAAGUACAGUAGCUGGUCUACUUACCUAGUGUUAAAUUGUGAUUUUGUAUGUCCCAAACAAAAUAAUAU